AUGGCUUCUGAAGCACCGACCGAAAUUGAAACACGUCUUUACAUCAAUGGCGAGUUUCGCCCUGCUUCGGAUGCAGGAACUUUCCCGUUGAAAUCACCUGCCACCCUGGAAACAGUUGCAUUAGUAUCUGAAGCCUCGGUGGAGGAUACGAACGACGCCGUUGCAGCAGCUCAAGCGGCAUUCCCAGCAUGGUCAAGCCUCUCGCCGCGUGAUCGGGGGGCGUACAUGUUGAAGCUCGCCGAUCUAAUCAUCGAAUCCGAAAAGGAGCUAGCAUAUCUAGAGGCCAUCUCCAUGGGGCGACCCCUGCAGUAUUUCGCUUCCGCCGGCUGGAACGGCCAAGGUCAGACGAGCCUGAACACACCUGGAUUCAUCAAUAUGACUCUGAGGCAGCCUUAUGGGGUUGUUGCGGCGAUUAUCCCCUGGAAUGUCCCGGUUUAUUUCUUCAUAAACAAAGUGGCGCCGGCAAUCGCUGCUGGAAAUACAGUUGUCAUUAAGAGUAGUGAAAAGGCGCCUUUGACUUCGGCCAGAGUUGCGCAUCUGAUUCAACGCGCUGGGUUUCCACCAGGUGUCAUCAACGUCCUGUCUGGUCACGGCAAUAUCUCUGGCUCCGCUCUGGCACAUCAUAUGGACGUCAGGUUGAUCACUUUCACAGGUUCUGGGCGCACAGGACGUCUCAUUCAAAAGGCAGCGGCCAAUUCCAACCUGAAGAAUGUGGUCUUUGAGCUUGGAGGCAAAUCCCCUACUGUGAUAUUCCCAGACGCGGAUCUAGAGAAGGCCGCAAAGGAGACAGCAUAUAGUAUCCAAUGGAACAGCGGCCAAGUAUGCAUGGCGAACUCUCGCAUCUAUGUCCAUGCUUCCAUCGCCGACCAUUUCAUCUCCCUGUUCAAGGAGAGCUUUCAGUUCGUGUCGAUGGGCGAUCCCACAAAGCCCUGCGUAAACCACGGUCCGCAGGCCGAUGAAACCCAGUUCAACAUCGUGAAACGCUACAUCGAACUGGGGAAGAAAGAUGGUGAACUCAUCCUUGGCGGAAACGAGGUUCAGGAUCACAAAGGUUACUUUAUCCCGCCGACAGUCUUCACAAAUACGCCGGAGAGCUCUCAGAUCAUGAAAGACGAGGUCUUUGGCCCAGUGGCCAAUAUCAAUGUGUUCGAAACGGAGGCCGAGGUUAUUAAGAUGGUCAACUCAUCUGAGUUUGGCCUCUAUGCUGCUGUCUACACGCGAGAUGUGAACCGGGCCAUGCGCUUUGCUACGUCUAUGGAGGCUGGUACCGUGGGUAUCAACUGCACGAGCCCAACUGGAGCGUUUGACAUGCCCUUUGGAGGAUAUAAGGCAAGUGGAGUUGGAAGGGAGGGAAUUCAUCACAGCCUCGACCACUACCUUGAAACAAAAACCGUACAUCUGAAGGUUGAGGGACUCUAG